GGGCAGCUGUGACGCCACCAACCCGGAAGCGCUCCGUCUCUUGGCAAGAGGUUUGCCCAGGCUCCUCCAGCUCCCCGCGGGGAAGGGAAGCCCUCAGAUUGUGGGGGCUGCAGCCUCACCCUGGAGCAGACUGAUUCGGUGACCCCAUGGCAACCGAGGUGAAAGUGACUGGGCAGAACCAGGAGCAGUUCCUGCUGCUGGCAAAAUCUGCCCGUGGAGCCGCCCUGGCCAGCCUCAUCCAUCAAGUACUGGAAGCCCCCGGCAUUUAUGUUUUCGGGGAGCUUCUUGACAUGCCCAAUGUUCGAGAGCUAGCUGACAGUGAGUUCUCCCCCGUGUUCCGCCUGCUUACAGUCUUUGCAUAUGGGACGUAUUCAGAUUACCUGGCAGGUGAAGCCGGGAAUCUGCCCCCCUUAACAGAGGCUCAGAAGAACAAACUACGCCAUUUGUCUGUCGUCACGCUGGCUUCCAAGCUCAAGUGCAUCCCGUACUCGGUGCUGCUGGAGCAGCUGCAGUUGAAGAACGUGCGCCAGCUGGAGGAUUUGGUGAUUGAGGCCGUGUAUGCGGACGUACUGCGGGGGAGCCUAGACCAGCGCAACCAGCGGCUAGAGGUGGAUUACAGCAUUGGGCGGGACAUCCGCAGGGAAGAGCUCAGCGCCAUCACCCACACCCUGCAGGAAUGGUGCCAAGGCUGCGAAGUUGUCCUUUCAAGCAUUGAAGAGCAAGUUAGCCGAGCCAAUCAACACAAAGAGCAGCAGCUGGGUCUGAAGCAGCAGAUUGAGAGUGAGCAGGUGGCAAAUCUGAAGAAGACAAUUAAGGUGACGACGGCAGCAGCUGCAGCAGCAACAUCCCAGGAUCCUGAGCAGCACCUGUCAGAACUCCGAGAACCGGCUCCGGGUACCAACCAGCGCCAGGCCAGCAAAAAGGCUUCCAAGGGCAAAGGGCUCCGAGGCAGCGCAAAGAUCUGGUCAAAAUCAAACUAGCAGGAUUGCUGACUGGGGAGGACGAACAGGUGUUCCCAUGUUUGGUGCUUUCUUCUCCAACCCAGAUGUCUUCUGUACAACCCGUCCCCCUCACCCCCCAUCUCUCACUCUCUCUCUCUCUCUCUCUCUCUCUCUGUGUCUUACAUAGGGUUCUUCCUUCACAUUUUUCUCUCCUGGUAUGUUCAGCUACUCUCUGAUUCUCUCAUGUAACCCUUUUCACACCUUUUCUGUUGGGACUAUCACCAGCUUUUUAAUUUCUUUUUUGCCUUGUCUCUCUUUGUCUCCCCCCCCCCCACCGAUCCCCAUCCUCUUGGGGGCAUUUUAAAGAGCCAUAAAAUGACGUCUGCUUCAAUUACAUUUGCACCAACAAAAUAUUAUGGAAGCCUGGGUGGAAAUGAAUCUGGUACCAAGUAGCCACUGAGUUCUGCGCGUGAAUCCUGGGACAUUUGCACUGGGACACAGCUUGACAUCUCAAUUUUUUUUGCUUUGCUGGGAUCAGGGGAGUGGAGGGUGGGUGAGUGUGUGUGGGGUGGGUUGUUUUUAAAAAAUAGUAUAAAUAUAUAAAGCAAUUUAAAAGAAUAAAUCUAUGGACAUAUCUACAGAA